AUGAGUGGAUCAGGAUGGCUGGAAACAUUACGAAAGUUCAACGAGAGGAAGAAGGCGGAAAAGGAAGAAAGUAUGGUGGUACCGUUACGGUUUUUUUUUAAUUUCACACAUGCAGACAGGACACCCGCUAGUCUUUACUGCUUGAAAAUGCUUCGGCCGAUUAUUACUCAUAAAAAGCAGAACAUAAGGUUAUACAUAAAACAACCUUAAGAUGUUGAAAUAUUUUAGGGUACUAUGGACAAUAAUAUGUAAUAUAUGCUCACAACAGAUCAAUUGAUCAUGUUAUAUAUGAAACAGUGAUAUGCAUGUGAACUGCCUAGUUAGAUGGAUAUUUUCUCCGUUUUGGAAAACAUGAAUUAGUUUUUUGGCUUUAGUAAUGGUGCAUAUCUUUUAAGGAUAUGUUCACUCUUGGUGCCUGACCCAAACAGUGUUUACCUGAUAUAUUUUCUUAUGUAAUUUAGUAAACAUUUGGUCCAUGUUAACUUGAAUAUUGUCAUUUGCCAUUUUGAAAUGUCGACGUAGCAGGGAUAUUAUUUUAGAUGGUCUGUGUACUGCAAAGUGCAGGAUGUAGACUGCGAGCAGUCCCUUAGGAUGGUCACACGACUGACUGAAGAAGGACUGCUCGCAGUUCCCUCUCGGCCAAUUCGCUCUCUCCAGUCCUGCCAAGCUUAGACUUGACUGACUGAAGAAGGACUGCUCACAGUCUAUGCAGGAUGCAAAGGAAAUUCAGUUUUACAGCUUGCCCUUUGGGUGGUUUACGGUCAAGUCGCUUGAAAAUCAUCUCGUCCGAAGUUAUGUCGCCUGAAAUGCUGAGUUACAGAACUGUAUAGGGCUCAUAAUUUUAUCACACUCAACAACAUCCUAGCAUCCCUUUUACACUAUAAUCGCACUUAUUUUGUCGCAUCGAAGAUUAAAGAAUGAGAUACAUUACUCAUUUAUUGCGCUUGUUUUGUUGUUCAUCAAUGAAAGAGCGAGAUAUUCUACACAUUUGUACUGCAUGUUUCAUCUCAUCAUUGCUUAAAGAAUGAGAUAUGUUACACAAUCAUUCCUCUUGUUUUGCCUCAUGAUGGUUUAAAGAACAAGGUAUAUUACACACACUCCUUAUUUAAGAAAAAACAACUUGUUUGUUUGUGCCCUUCAACUGAUAAAAUCGAGCGACAUGACUCAGCAUUUGGAGCGACUUACAUUCAAGCCAGGUCAAACAUACCCCCCAAGAUUCCAUUAAUGAAUUUAUUAUUUGGAAGUUGAAUCCGUUGGUUGUUGUAGAUUUGAGACUCAUCCCCGCAUUGUUGCAUGUGUAAUGAACCACGAGUUCACACGCGAGACAGUUAUGAAAUCUCUGCUAGCUGAGUUUCCCUAAAUUGAAGUAAAUGUCUUAGAAGCAAUUUUAUCCGUUCAAAGAUUUUCAAUCUGACCAAAUACAGAGAAGUUCUCAUAAAAUUUUCACUACUCGUUAGACAUGAGGAAUGCCAAUUUGAAUUUGAAUCUAGUGACGGGAACAACUAAUGGAUUCAUUUUUCAAAUAAUGAAAUCUUUAAUAGAAUCUCAGGGCUCAAAAUAACAGCCGGUCAACGGACAAUGUCCAGCCUGAUCGUGGACUUGACCGGUCAAACUCUCGUCUGGCCGGUCAUUUUGGAUACAAACAUUUUAUAAUAUUUUCCAUAAGCUGUCGCUUAAUGCGUUUUGCUCAGUCUAUAAAGCUGUAGUGACUUCUUUUUUCUUUGGCUUUUUUUUUGCUGCUUUACCCUAAAGGCUUUAGAGAAAAAACGAACGCUGCAAUACAUUUCUUGUCGUCAUGUCGUAAUGAAACACAACAAAGUGAAACAACAACAAACUGCUGGAGUGAUGCAACGAUGCAGCAGGUGUUACUGUGCUUUCUGCUUGUGCUAAAAUCAGUGACCAUCUUUGGGAAAAAGUACACCAACGGUAAUCUGUUAUCUGUUAGAAAACUAAAGGAUAGCUAACAGUUUUGUCCAUCUAAUGUUUCACUUCUGCUUGUAAGAGGAUUGUGAAAAUCAACUUCAACGGAAUUUGGGCAAAUAGAUCGCAAUUCUCAACAGGUCGUCUGGCAAUGUUUCUCCAGGAAUAAAUUUUAGCACAUCAAUUUUAUAAUAAUUUCUUUAUGUCAAACAUGAAUCUCGUUUGCGGACUCGAUUCCAGAAUAGUCCGAUAAAAAUUUAAGCCAAUCCAGAGCGGACGUUGUCUAUCCCUCCUUCUUGUAAACGACUUUAUGCAAAUUUCUGUUGACGUGAAUGAGCCCUUCUGGAUAAAGUGUUACGCGAUGUGUUAUGUGCGAUGAUACUCAAGGUAUAACGGAUAUGGAAACGGGCAAAAACUGGGAAAAGGAACUCAAGAUUGUGUGAACAACUGGGGCCUGAUGAUUAGGAUUGCGUGCUCCUCUGGUUGCCUGCAGUUAACCUGUCACUGAAACUACUAUUUUUCAGAACCUGAUGAUGUUGAACAGAAUGCCCCUAGUGAGACAGAGCUUUUCACUAAAUACUACAGUGAGUGGAAAGGAACAGGGAAAGGCAAAACCAAAAGUUAUGAUGCUAUUCCAAGAUUUUAUUUCAAGGUAAACUAACUGUACAAUUAAAUGUACUUGUAUGUAGUGGGAGUAAUGGUGGCACAGUGGUGAGAGCACCUACCUCCACCACCAAUGUGGCCCUGGUUUGCAUCCUGGUGUCGACUCCAUACACUGUAUGUGGGUUGAGUUUGUUCUUGGUUCCGUUCUCUCCUUUGCUCCAAGAGGUUUUUCUCCGGGUUCUGCAGUCUUCCCCUCUCCUUAAAAACCAAUACUUCCAAAUUCCAAUCUGAUCUGGUACGCAGGGACGCGUUUCAACAAGUUCUUAUGAGGGGUAUGGACAUGUACAUACCUGUAUGGUUUAUGUCUGAAAUUCAAAACCUAUCAUUUCACCCAUUGAGCGGAAUUUAGACUGUGUCCCCAAUGACAUUUUACUAUAUUUGCCCUUAUCUUUGUCACUGUUGCAACUUUAACAAGUUUUUUCUUUGCCCUUCAUCUGUCUUGUGUUGCUCUUUCAAGGCCUUGUUGCCUGUUGAUGGUUUUCCUCAUCAGGGCCUCCCAAUGUAUGCCAUUCAUGGUGUUAAUGUUUUACAUAAUCUGACAUCUUUUUCUGCGGCUUGUGAAGGCCCUUUCUUCUGAAUUAUAACUAUGAAAAUGUUUCUUAUGUUCUAAAAUUACUGUUAUUCUGUAUAAUACUGGAUAUAGUAAAUAAUUAUUUUAAUUGUUUCUGCCCCCCAUCAGAAGCCCUUGAAUAAAAUAAUAUUGCAUGAGGAGACCAUAAAAUACAUGCAUCCAACUUUUGAUUUAAAGAGAUACAACUGUAGGGACUAGGAUCUAGCAUCCUGCAAUUUUGUUGUGGAUGGAAAAACAUUGACAAAAUGAGCCAGUUCAGUUGCUGAUGAAGGAUGUUGGAGACAGUUUAUGGCUACAUUACUAGCCUUGCCAUAUGAAUUUUUUCACAAACAGGGAUUUAGGUUGAUGAUCGUUGUUUUGCGUUAUAUUUAUUCACGGGAUUCAUAGUGUUAGAACAAUGUAUCAGUAUUACUUCCUAUUUAAUGGCUGCUAUGUACUAGGUAUUUAUAUAGGGCUCAAAAUAACGGCCGGUCAACAGACAAUGACCGGCCUGAACGUGGGCUUGACCGGUCAAACUCUCGUCUGGCCGGUCAUUUUUGGAUGCUUGUUGCUUAAUGCAUUUUGCUCUAUAACGCUGUAAUUUGCUGCUUUCUUUGGCUUUUUUUGCUGCUUUGCACUAAAGCCUUUAAAGAAAAGCGUUCUGCUUUGCUGUGAUCAGUAAUGCGACCUUCUUUGGGAAAACAUACGCUAACAAUCAUCCAUUAUUUUUUAGAAAACUAAAGGAUGAGUGACAGUUUUUGUCCAUCAAACGUUUCACAUCUACUUGUAAGAGGAUUGUGAAAAUCACCUUCGACGGAAUUCGGGCCAAUCGAUCGCUCGUCCUGUAGUGUUUCUCUGGGAAUAAAUUUCAGCGCAUCGAUUAAUUAUAAUAAUUUCUUUACGUCGAACAUGAUCUCGUUUGCAGACUUGAUUCCAGAAUUGUCUGAUAAAAACUAAGCUAAUCGAGAACAAAUGUCGCCUAUCUCAGCGCUGAAAAUCCUCCUUCUUGAUAAGCUGUUCGCGAUAAAGUGUUGCGCGAUGACCCAAACGAAAGCUCUGCUGUAUAUUUAUUGACUUCUGAUGACGAAUACGCUGUUUGUGGAACAAAUUUCUUGCCAAAUCAACUUCUUUGCUGCAAAUAUUUAGCAAUGAAAUUCUUCUUUGUGGAGGAGACUUUUGAUCACGUGCCGGGUAACGAAAAGGAUCAAGUUUCACUGAUAUGCAGAUAUAGGACGAACCUUGGAGACUUCUGACACCACCGUACGAUGAUACUGAAGGUAUAUAUAAACGGACAUAAAACGGGCGAAAAUUGAGGAAAGGAACUCAACAACGAGUGAAUGAAUUUUUCACCAACUUGCCGGCAAAAACCUGAACGACAAUGCCGUACAACGAUCUACUGCCGGUGUAAUUCGAUAUUCCAUGGGCAAAAAAAUAAUUAUAAUAAUUAUUCAUUAAUUUGACCGGCCAAAAUCGGGGUUUGUCUGGGCUAAAAAAUAUUUGGCCAGUCAUCAUGACCGGCGACCUGCUGUCCGUUAUUUUGAGCCUUGGGUAAUUUCUAUGAGUUUCAGCUGUACAGUCUCCUUUUGGGAGGAGAAAAGAAAGGAGUCAAUAACUUUUCCAAAUUGUACCCGUACAUGUUUGGUAAAAAAAAAGCACAGAGCUAAGGAGGCUGGAUAUUGGCCAAUUUCAUUGACUGAGACGAAGUUGAGGGAUUAAGUUAUACGCAAAAAAGAACGAGUCCAAUAACCAGGCUAAAAAGAGAACUUUUUCAUGCGGUAAAUCCCGAGGGGCAAGAUUGGCACAUCUUGACCACUCAAGUAGCCAAUCAGAAUGCAGGAUUUGCCUCAUCUUGCCUGCUUGUGGAUUCAGCCAUAUAAUAAUAACAACAAGAACAAGAACAAGAAUUAUUAUUUACUCUUUGUAUUUGCUUCGUUGUGCUCUUCAGCUUCCCUCUGAGGAUGAGGUGUUGCUACAAAAACUGCGAGAAGAAUCAAGAGCAGUUUUCCUUCAAAGGAAAAGCAGAGAACUACUUGACAAUGAUGAACUGCAGGUGAGAAGAUCUUCUUAGCCUGUGAGUUCCAACGAACCUGGAACCACUUGCCUCCGUCAAAUCACGACACGUGGUUGAACACAACUAUUAAAGUUAAUUUACUGUAUUGUAUAUUUGUACUUUGAGAAACUGUUUUCUUGCAUAACAACUGUCCUGAGCAAAAUUCCAUCUCCUCAAAAUAAAACAUGUGCAAAUUCCCCAGGGGAAUCAUGUGAUCUAACAAUGCAAUAAUUAUUGUCCAAAACGGUAACCGGAAAUAAACGGUACUAGCUACAGAUGUCAGAAGUUAGCCAGGAAAUAUUAUUUUUAUUGCUAUUGUUUUGUCUGACGUGGCGCAUAGUUUUGCAAGAUUGUAGGGCUGUGAACACUGUACAAGUAAAAAAAGAGGAACCUAAGAGGAGGGGUGUUCUUGGCAACUUAAAUAUUUUAAAUUGAUGCAAAUCUCUGAACAAUCAAGUGCUACGUCUACGUGCAAGAGACCAGUUUUUAAUUGUGCAUACAUCAGUGACACACUUUUGUACAUGUAUAUCGUGACUGUGACGUUUUGGUCUUUUUGAUGACAACUUUUGUGACAACAUCUUUGAUCUAUAACUGGACACGAACACAGCAAAAAGAAAUUAAUAAAAUGGUGUUAUGAAUAGUAAUGAUAAUAAUAAUAAUAAUAAUAAUAAUAAUAAUAAUAAUAAUAAUAAUUGUCACUUGAUUGUUUGAAGAUUUGUUUCCAUUUUGGUAUUACAUGUAUUUUUUUAAGUUGCUAACAAUACUGUACUGUCCACCUCUGUUUUGUUGUUUCAUUGCUUUUCAAACAGCUUUUUAAAAAGCAGUAGUCAUCUAGAGUUUGAAAAGUUAAGUAUCUGUGAAGUUAUGACCCCAUUGUAAUAACACUGUACUAAAGUAAGAUUAUUUUAUUAUUAGUGACAACAUGUACCAGGGUCCGAAAUUGCGCCUUCCUGGUCGCCAAUGCGACUGAAAAUUUAGUCCUGGCGACCAGAAUUUCAUAGCUGGUCGCCAGCUAGCGACUUGUAAAGCUGGGGCUGGUUGCUCGAAGCCUGGUUAGCGCUAACUGUUGGUUAAGAGGUAUCAAAAUGUAUAGGUUUCCAUGGUAUUUAACGCUGGUUAGCACUAACCAUGCUUCGAGCAACCCGGGCCUGGUUGAUAUUGUGGUCUUUAACGUUCGGAAAAACUGAUUUAAGAAUUGAACAAAUGUCGAAGCUAUUUGCCAACAGGAGUCUUGCUUUUUGUCCUGCUGAUAUUUUUUAAUUAAAAGUGAAACGAAUCUUCCUGUAAUAAUACCUCCACAACAGCUACGAUCAAUACGAGUUGAAUGUUUCCAAGCCGCCAUGUUGUUUUCAGCUGUAAUACAGUAAGUACGUUAUGUACUUUGUGGAUGUGGCACAGUUGUGGCCUGGUACGGCCAACAUGGCGGCUUGACUCGUGUUUAUGUUUCGUGUUUCGUGGUAGUUAUGGGAAGAAAAUAGGGUUUUGAUAAUUAUGAUCAGUGCAGUCAUGAGCAGACGGCUUUCUGUUCCUACAUUCUAGGUCAGAUAGCUUUACAUCUCUGAAAAGCGAGUUGUGGAAAAAAUAAUACUUCACUCGUACACUUACGGUUGCUUUCUGGUAUCGGGAGCGGAAGUAGUGCAAUUUUUUGAGUAUAAAAACGUCCAUACCAUACAUUUUUUGUUCGUGUUUAAACUUUCAUUUGAAAAAAGGGAGGGGGAAUUUUUGGUGACCGCAAUUUGCCCGUUGGCGACCAAAAAUUUAUACUUAAUCGCCAGUUGGCGCCCGUAUUAAAAAGUUAAUUUCAGACCCUGUGUACGAGUGUGCAUAUGUUUCCUUUUUAGAAUCUUUGGUUUCUUUUGGACAAACAUCACACACCACCAGUUAUUGGAGAUGAACAGGUGCAAACUGUAUAAAAUGUACUUUACUAGACGUAUUUAUUGUGACAAUGAUGUUUAUGCUACAGGUCAAAAUUAAAUUCAGGUUAAAAAUUUUCAACCUAGGUUGAUUCUCAAUUUCCUUUGUCUCUCAGCCCUAAUUAUUCAUGUAAACUGAGUAAACAUCUUUCUAGUGUUUUCACCAGGCUUGAAAUUUACCAUCACAUUUCUCUCACAACAGAUUUUGCUUUUAAAAUUUCUUGUUUGUAGAUGAUUAAUUAUGAAGACUUUCUGAAAGUUGGAGAAGCAGCAGGAGACAAAUGCAGGUCAAGUUUAGUUUUUACUUGUCAAGUGUUGCAGACAACAUAUGCAAUAAAAUUUAUUUGAAGGCAUUUUAAAAUCUUAUUAUUUAAUUAUUUAAGAAUUAAUAGCUUAGUUCAUAAAUCAUUAUUAAAAUACUAUUAUUUGUGAAGGGAACUAGAAAACUGUGAACACCAGAAUUAUUUCUGUAAUGUUAUUGUGUUGCAAGAAGAAAGUCAAUCAGGCAUAUGAAAACUAGGCAGCAAUUACACAUGUAGCAAUGGUAGAUCUAUGGUUCUGUGGCUUGUUCAAUAAUAUUGUCCUGAUCUCUGUUGCAACCAGUCACAGCGCAAUAAACAAUUUCAGGUGUUCAUGGUUUUUCAAGUUUGACGAUAAAGCAGGGUUGAAAUUUAUUUUUUGAAAUUUUGCAUUUCCAAAGACAAUUGGAUUGCGGAAUUUUGUGGAAUUGUAAGUUGUGUUUUUAAAUUUUAGAACUUUUGUAGUGUUUGGAAUUGAUAUCCCACAAAAUUGCUUUUGAGUAUCUUAUUUUGUGACUGCUAGACAUCCCCUUGAAAUAUUGUUGUUACAAUUAUAUGUUUAGUGGUUUUGAAGUUAAAGUGAGAAUGAAUAUCUGUUGGGACAAACAAGUAUCUGUAAUUGUGUUGAUUGUGGCCGUUGUAAUAAAAUUGUUAAACAUCUACGACCAUUCAUAGAGGCUAUAAUUAUAUUUUUUUGUCCUUAUGACUUUAAUUAGGUCUGAGUGAAUGCUUUUUGUGAUUAUUGCAGGCCUUUCUUCAGUGCAACUGUGUUUGCUAAGUUAUUUCAGCAGGAUCCUUUUGGAAGGUACGCUAUUAGCCAUAUAAAGGCACUCAAAAAUUAGGUUUUAUUUUUUUUACUGAGUUAAAUAAAUUACUGUGAAACUGUGCCCUACAAUGAGGGACAAAAGUGUUGACACACUUCCGUAAAAUGGCCCCUUUUUGCAUAGUGGAUAUACUUAUCCCCUUCCCCUGUCUACCCCAACCCCUUCCCCCCAAAAUCAAUGUUGAAUUUUGGACCCUCAAGUCUUUUUUUUACUUCAGACAACAUUGAUUCGGGGGGUCGGGGAAUUUACGGCCUUUAAAGGGAAUGAAAUAAUAAAUGAAUUAAAUGUUUGUUAAAAGCACCCCUUUUAAACAAGUGUGUCAACUACUUUUGUCCCUGAUUGUAGAUUUCAUUUGAUCACAAAUUGAUUCUAUUUCUUUUCAUCAGGAUAUCAAUCAUGCAGUUUUUCAACUAUGUGAUGAGGAAAGGUGGGUUUCAGUACUCUUAAAUGAAAAAUAAAAGUUUUGAAUAAUGUUGAUGGAGCCUGGUGAAAAAAAUAAUGCUAGAAGGAGAUCAAUAUGCCGUUAAUCCAGCUGGAAAAUUAGUUCUUAAUGCAUUUAUUAGUGUACCAGUGAAAUGAUUGUAUUAAAAUUAAUGGCAAAAGGUUUUAAAACCUUUCUUGAUGACUGUGAAAUUAUAGGUAUUAACACUGGACUUUGUUCACAAGCCUCUGAAAUAAUAUUUUAUAAACAAUUAUUAGCUGGCUCUUGACUAUACUGUAAAGCAUAGAGAACCCAGAGCCAUGAAGCCUUAAUGGGUGGUUAAUCUAUCGUAGCCAGCGUACUCCUUUCCCACCCUCCCCCUCCCAUCCAUCUGAACCAAGCCCAGUUGUUUGAAAGGUGGAUAAUGCUAUACACUGGAUAAAUCUCUGUGUAGUGAAUAUUAAACCCAAAUUGGUUUGCCUGUAAUACAUACAUUAUGCUAGUUAGUGAUUUAUCCAGUGGAUAAUGCUAUAUCCAAUGUUUGAAUAUGGAACUUAAAAGGUUUGUCUGUUGAAGAAUAAUAUUGGCCAAAGGUUUUAAAACCUUUCUUGAUGAUCGCAGAAUGUUAGUAUACAUGUAGGUGAUGAUGAAAACCUUUCCCUUGGGUCAUAAUCUGACAUUGCUGGCUCUUGACGCCAUUGUCUAUGCUAAAGUACAGGGAAACUACCUUGGUUAUCACACUACUUCCCAUUAUAAGUCUGAAUGGCUCCACAGUUGAUCCGUCAUGGCCUGCAGAUUUCAUCUAUGUUCAUAAUAUAAUGCUAGUCAAUAUAUUAUUUACAACUGCAUGGACACAGAAAAGUAGGAUGUAUCGCCAACUGCUUUCCUUGGUACUUUUUGACAAGCCUUAUUUUGUACAUGAACGUGAAAAUUGAAAAGUAACUACUAACAGCUAAUAUGUGUGAGUGAUUGAGGAAAGUAUUGACUUGUGGAGAGAUUCAGAAUCAAAGUAAUUGUAUGACAAAUGGCAAAUGUUAGAUUCAAAUUGAAUGUAAACAGUUAACUUCUCAAAUUAGGACACUCACACAGAUGAGCAGAAUUGAUGUAAAAACUGCCCAUUUUCUCAUGGGUGAAACCACUUAUGAUACAACGAGCAGCAAAAAUGACAAGUAUAGGGAAAACAUUUAAGUCAUGCUGUAUAAAUACUGAUGUCUGUAGUUUGCCAUAAACUUGAUUCUGAAUCUCUGCAACUGUUAAAUAUUAAAUGUUUAUAUUACUGUUUAUAAAAUAACUAAGAUGGUAGGUUCUUUCUGAUUGGUUAAAAACUUAUGGUUUUUUGUGCCGGUAAACUCAUAGAAAACUUAAAGUUAUCUUGUAAAAGUAAUAGAUCACGCUUUCUAUGGGUUUACCGGCAUGAUAACCCACGCAGGAUGUUGGGAGAACACGAGAAAAGCUUGUAAUUCACGAGCCAAAGGCGAGUGAUUUACAAGCUUUUCAAGUGUUCUCCCAACAUCCCAACUGGGUUAUCACGCUGGUAAACCCAUAGAAAGUGUGGUCUAUUGCUUAAGCAAUGCAACAGCUACAUGUAAGUUGGUAAUUUUUUAUCAGUUUGGCUUCAUCAGACCAGGAUUGGAUUGAGCCUCUAUGAUGUUGCAGGGCAGGGAUACUUGAAAGAGUCGGUAAGCCAAGUUUGUUCUCUAAGUUUAGGAUGGUGAUGUUCUGGGACUACCAAAUUCAAAGUUCUUUGAAAAAUGGCUUUUGAAUAACGUUACAGAUCAAGUUUGAUUUCAGGUUUAUUUUGAUUUAACCUAGGUUGAUUCUCAAAUGUUCCCUUUGUCUCCUUGCCCUAAUUCAUGAAUAAUUAGGGCUAGGAGACAAAAGAAAUUGAGAAUCAACCCAGGUGAAAAAAUUUUUAACCUGAAAUCAAAUUUGACCUGUAACAAAUACAACCGUCUCUUAUUUUUUGUGUCUGAAGCACAGACUUGUCUCUUGCAAAGUAUCCCCUUUGGCAGGGAGCAAGUGACUGUAUUCGCAGGCUAUGUUAAAAAAAAAUGUUGUACCCAGAACAUUUACUAUGAAAAUCAAGCCGAAAAAAUGUAGACCUACUUUACAAUAGACUAGUUUCGAGGUUUUCCAUUAGACCGGCAGCUUUUAGUUUUCUGCGUGCCUGUCACCAUUGUAUGCUUGUCUAAUGUUAGUUUACGUGUUAUUUACUGUAGAAGAUGACUUUUCUGGGUUCUUGCCCAUUUGUGCAAGUAAACAUGUAAAGUUACUUGUCCUGGACUACAAUCCCUGAUUUACUCUCUCAAGGCUUGAUCAUACAAUGCAGCUAACUAAUUACAUACAGUGCCAUUGUAAUUGUGACAAAUUAAGGUUUGUUAAGAAAUCUGUCUGCCUGAUGGUUUCUCAAGCUGUUAAAGUAAACUUUUUCUUUCCCUCUUACUCAGGACCUGGAAAAUUAUAUCCUGGAGCUGAUCCCAACUUUACCUCAGGUAUGAUGCUGGUUUGUUAUUAGUGUCUCCAGCUAGCAGAGAUGCUGAAUAAUUUCCAUACAAAAUGAAGAAGUGUUUAGGGUGCUCUGUCAAGACAAUUCUUGUCAUAAGUUUGAGCCAAGUUUGAGCACUGUAACGAUGCCUUUUCAUAUUAACAACAUAGUUGAAGUGGCAUUCUACCACCUUAGAAAUAUAGCUAAGAUUCGUAAGUAUAUCAAUGUCACAAUGGCUGAAGUUCUUGUGCAUGCAUAGCUGGAUUUCUGCUGUUCGCUUUUACAUGGUCUUCCCAAGUAUGAAAUUAACAAACUGCAAAGUGUCCAAAAUGUUGCAGCACUUGUGAUUGCCUGCUUAAGUAAGUUUGAUCACGUAAGUGAUACACUAAAGGAGUUGCACUGGUUACCAGUGGAGCAAAGAGAAAUCUUUAAGAUUAAUCUUAUUUGUUUUAAGAUACUCAACAAUUUAGCUCCUGAUUAUUUGGUUGACCUAAUCCAUGUUUAUGAACCUGCGAGGUACCUUCCAUCAUCUUCAAACAAGUGGCGUCAUGUUAUUAAACCCUAUAACUUAAAGACAUAUGGUUUAAGGGCUUUUUCAGUCAUUGUCCCUUUUUCAGUCAUUGCCCCUAAGAACUAUCUUAGGUUUUUAUUUUGUAUUUUUUGACUAUCUAUAUAUAUAUAUAUAUGUAAUGAUUUUAGGAUUUUUAUUUUUUAUUCAGACCUUUUUGAAGCAUUGUAAAGCGCUUAGCACUGAAAAGUAUAGAUAUAAAUAUUUUAUUAUUAUUAUUAUUAUUAUUAUUAUUAUUAUUAUUAUUAGCCAAUACUUUGUUUCCACUUGUAUAAAGGGUGUCUGUAACAAUAAAGGGAUAUUUUUUUGUGGACCAAUAAAAGAAAAGUAAAAAAGCAUUUUUUUUUUCAUAGACAAUGUUGCCCUAAAUUUUUCAAGUUGCAAUCCUUAUCCUUGUCUUCCUCAUUCAUGGUACUUCUAACCAAAACAGUGUAAAAUAACCUUUGAUAGGGACCAGUUAGUGAAAAUCUGUCAACAUGGCUGGAAAUUUAAAUCACUAAAGAUAACAAGUUUGAAAGCGAUUUGUUCAAAACUAACAAAGAUAAAUUAUAGCUCCUCAAAUUCAGGGUUUCCAGGGUUGUCGGAUGGCUGAGUUGUCAAAGUGAGCAGCCAGUCCAGCCACCAUCCGUAGAGAAAUGCAAACAUCAAUCUAACCAAAUAGGGCCAUUUUUCCCUGACUAGUUUUGACAUCCCAACAAAUGCCCCCACCAUUUUGUUGCAAAAUAAUACAUCUUUAGAAAGUUGACCAUGAUUAUGACAGGUUUUUGCUGUCUGUUGCCUUGUCACUUUCUAAAUUUUAUUACUUUGAAGAGUAACUACUGAAAAGUCAUAAUACUAUUCUAUUCCCUCAAAGUUGGACAAUAUUGGUGACCUGAGCAUUUCUGUCGUAGAGUUUAAAAUAAAUGUUUCUAGCUUUUGAGGCAUAUAGCCUGCGCGCAGACACUUUAAACCUCCACACUAUAUGCGAUACGUGGGCCGGCUGCAGCGCAGGCUUUUGAGGCAUAGUAAUGGAAAGUUUUGCAUGUGAUAUAAUAUCGUUUUUACCAUUAAUUAUUCAUUGUUUCACUUGUUCUGAUUUAGUUGUAUCCUCUGCAUUUUCUCUUUUUCAGUUGGAUGGCCUUGAGAAAUCAUUUUAUUCUUUUUAUGUCUGCACCGCUGUCAGAAAAUUUUUCUUUUUUUUGGAUCCUCUGAGAACGGGUAAGAAAAAAACUAACGAAAGAUUUUGGAGAUUAACAACACAGUUAUUGAGAAAGAUGAUAUUAAUUUUAGCCAGUGACACAUACAGGUGGCUCAGAAGAAGCAAUCUGAGUACUCCCGAUAGGACCCGUGUUACUUUAAUAUAACCUGUUACUAGUCCAGAAUGAUGCUCUACCACUAUGCUACAGGAGACUCGUGGGAGCUAAGGCCAAUAAACUAGGUCCUUUCUUGCUUUCUUUCUUUCUCCUGCCCUCUUUUCUUUUCUUCCUUCCUUCCUUGUUCCUCCCUCCCUCACUUCCGCUCCCUUCCCCCCUUUUCCUACCUUACUCCCCCUUCCUCCUCCAUCCCUCCAUCCUUCUGUCCCUUUGUCCCUCCCUCCUUUUCUCUUUCCUUCUUUCUUUCCUUCAUUGUUCCAUAUCCUUCCGCAAUCCGCCUCCUUUCCUCCUUGCCUCUCUUACUCCUUUCCUCCCCCUCCCUCCUUCCCUUUUUCCUCCCUCCCUCCCGGCCCCCCAUGCAUGUUUUUAAAAUAUUGUGCUUUGUUACGUAGGAAAAAUCAAAAUUCAAGACAUCCUAGCUUGCAGCUUUCUUGACGAUCUCCUUGAGGUGUGUAUUGUAUUUUACCCACAAUAAUGACUUAUAGUCGUAAGACAUAUACGUAAGCUAAAAGGAUAGACAAAGAAAGUCUCUAACUUGUGUUUAAGGUUAACCUAGAAUUUAUUCAUCCUCUCUUAGUUUUAAGGAAUUCAAGCACAAGGAAGUGCUUUUUUUUUUAAUUUAGGCUUUUCAGAUUGACUCAAUUAGUUCCUUAUAAUAUUAAAAGACAAGUUUUUUAAUGAAAGCUAAAAAUGCUUUUUUCAUCCAAACCAUUUAAAGGCAUUGUAUACUAUUAUUAUUAUUCAGAGGAUUCAGACAUAUAAUAUAUGUUUUGCGUAUGCCGUUUUUGAUUCCAACAUACACAGGUAUAGUGACCUUUCUGUUUGUGUUUUGCGACUAUGUAGUUAAGAGAUGAAGACUUGUCAAAGGAGCAACAAGAUGCAAACUGGUUUUCUGCUCCAUCAGCACUUAGAGUAUAUGGUGAGAUUAGCUGCUUGGCAUGCUUUUUAAAUGGAUUAUCAUAUUUUCUGGAAAAAGUUCCUGUAUUUAUUUAAAGAGAGGGUAACUUAUUUGAAGGGUGGAAUGAAUAAUAAAUAUUGAGGGAGCAGUUCUUACAUCUGAAACAUUAUUUUUUGGCUAAUCAAUGCUUUUUCUAGAAACUGGAACUGACUUCACAUGUAUUGUAUUGCUUGUUAAUUAAUCCUCUCUACUUAGGAAAGUGAAGUUCAGGUCGUGGUGGGUGGCUAUGCUGAUAUGCUUAUAGUUUGCCUGAAGGGGAGGGUGCUUUGUGAGAGUGUCAUGCAGAGUGCUUAUUUAAAGGCUCACAACAUUAUUAAUACAUGACACCGUUCUAAACCAUAGAACCAACACACGGGUUUUGCUAAGCUGAUCAGACUUCUAUGCUCUAAGUAGACACUUAAAUGAGCAUAAUUUUUAUAAGAAGUAUCCCUAGGAGUUACCCUACCAAUCCAUGUAAUUUCUGGCUGUAAAAAGUACUUUUAUACUCUUGUUGUACAUUAACUAUUUAUUAGCCUCGAAUAAUUUUACCAGACAGUAUAAAUUAUAUUAUGAUGUAUGGACUUAUCCGACUCAUUCCUUGAAGCCAUGAUAGUUGCAAAAUCUAGUGUAACCGCAUGCAAGGCCUGCCUGAGCAGGCCUCCUUAUCCUUGUUCGUGAUUUAAGACAAGCAUCACCACUAGGUUUAUGCUUUCCUUUAGUUCACCACCCGUUUCCAUGUGAAAUCGGUCUACCAGUGGACUGGAAUGGGUAGCGCAUGCGUAAUGUUUGCGAUUUUGAAUCGCACGUGUAUGUUAUCAACAUGAAGUGUACCUUCAAAUAACCUAGAUAUGAAAUGACACAACAUCAAAAAGCCAUACUGGUGUGAAACUUGUGCCGGUGCAAGUUUUCUCAUGUAAACACCCCCUUACUGUUGAUUUGAGUAAGUCUUGGUUUGGUUUUUUUUUUCAGGUCAGUAUCUCAGUCUUGACACAGAUCACAAUGGAAUGUUAAGUAAAGAAGAAUUAGCAAGGUAACAUGUAUGUCACGGUUAUAGUAGGAAUAGACGGUUCAGCCUGUUGGUUUACAGUAGGAUAAAAAAGUGAAAAACGAGUUUAACUGAAUAUUCAAUCAAACCAGAUAACUGGAAUCCCUGCCAACUGGAACAGUUUUUUGUUUCCCUAUGGAUUUCGAGUUACUGGGGUUCUAAUGUAUUUGCUUAUUUUACAUCUUACUAAAUAUACAUUGAUAUGUGUUUGUUUUAACACUUUUUUCUCUUGUUUUCAGAUAUGGCUCAGGAACAUUAACCAAAGUUUUUGUUGAUCGAGUAUUUCAGGAGUGUUUAACUUAUGAUGGAGAAAUGGUUAGUAUUUAUAAUCACGAAUAUUAAUUUGUUCAAUAGCUUCACAUCAAAAUUAUUGUUUUUCUGUGCCCUCAUUCCUUUUCCUGUUGAUGAUACUUUAAUUUCAUUUCUGGUAAAAGUGAUUUUGAAGAUUAAUGUUUUUGUAAAUAAUUGCAAAUAAUAGUAAUAAUAAUAAUAAUAAUAAUAAUAAUAGUAAUUUUAAAAAAAUUGGUGUUUUGCAGGAUUAUAAAACAUAUUUGGAUUUUGUCCUUGCACUAGAAAACAGGAAAGAACCUCAGGUGGGUAAUCUAAAAGAGUUUCAGAGUAACAAUAAAUUUUCCAUAGUUCACUAUUAAAGUUCCUUUUUUGUGAUGACAGCCUGCCAGAGAUUAUUUUGGUCAUUUGCUGACAUAAUUUUUGGUGGAAAGGACUUUAGUCUAACAAAGUUAUUUUACUCCAUUUUUGUCUUUUAGGCUCUACAGUACAUGUUUAGAAUACUGGAUAUACAGGUGAGAUCGAUUUUUGUUAGUUUUCAUAGCGCCUGUAUCUGUCUUGAAUUUACACCCGCAUUAAAAAUUCUACAUCUUUUUAACUCGUUUUUUUUGUUUGUUUCAGGGUGUCGGACAUCUCAACAUCUUUUCAUUAAACUUCUUCUUUAGGGUAGGAAUUUGACUUCUGGUCUUCAAGUAUUUUGUUCGUUUUAUUAUUACUGGAAAUUUCAUUACUUUUAGAGAAAGUUCUUUACAAGCCAUUUUCAAAGAUGCAUCUGUAUUAUCAGUAUUUUUUUGUGGCUUUCCUCUCCUAGGAAAUUCAAGAGGAAAUGAAGAAACAUGGACAUGAACCUGUGAAGUUUCUGGAUGUUAAGGUACUAAUAAAACAUGGUAGUUUUAGCCGUUACAUGUAAAAGUAUUUAAUAAAUGCCUACUGUGUAAAUAAAAAUUUCGUUCUAGGGGAGCAACUGAUGACCACAAUUUACUUUAUUCAUGAACGAAAGGGUGUGAAAUACCUGUUGCGAGUUGUUCAAAAGAUGUGUCGUUGAAGAGAUACCCAUAAAAUAACUGCGAUUGGCAAAACAGACUUGAUACACACGCAAAUGACUAGCAAAUUCCAUUAAAAGACUUGUCUCAUUAUCACCGAUGCUCCCAUUAAGAAAUUCCCAAAAGCUGAGCCAAAGGAAAAGUGGGAAGGAGAAAUGAAAAGAACCGGAACCACUUGUGCUCGUGAUCCCCACGGUUAGAAUUCUUUAGAGGGUUGACUGAGCUGUAUGAUUGUGUUUCUUCACAGGAUGAGAUUUUUGAUAUGGUCAAGCCAGUAGAUCCUUAUCGGAUCAGUCUGCAAGAUCUUAUCAGCAGGUCAGUCAUCAUAACCACCUUAUUAUUGGAAAUUAACGCGACUUAAAUUAACGCGGCGAAUUUAGUGGAAAACUACUUUCAAAUAAAGGAAAUUUACGCGAAAGAGAGGCUAACAUUUCAAAUUGAAGGACAUUUACGCGACGCUCACAAACCAAGAAACAAAACUGGUUGAGACAACAGAAACAAAGUUAAACGUAGAAAAUGAAACUUUGUUCGUGGUACUUUCCCUAAACGUCAAGCAAAGAAAUCUGGCCACCUUGAGGCUUCUUCACAGCUCCACUGUUACAGGUGGAUUCCACCAUGAUAUAUUUUUAUUUAUUUUUAUAUUAUAUAAUAUAAAAAUUUUUAAGUUAUUUUUUUUAUAAUAAGGUGAUUAACCUAAGGAUAAAUUUGUUUAAGCCAAACACGUGUCCUCUUAACAACUUCUAAUGUCAGUGUUCAUGUUAACCCGCUUAAUAUUUUUUUUAAAAUCAUGGUUCUGUGUGAGUGCCGGUUUAAAGUGUUAAAGAACAUGUCAGCAACAAUAGCACGGAACAGUGGUAUUUGUGAAGUGAAAGCUUGUGUUAACUCGAAUUGUUAUGAUUCAUACAAAAUAUUUUGCCAUUUCUGAUUGGCUCAAAUACCUUCGGCUAAAACCAGCUGGCGUUGACCAUUUUUGAAAGAUGGAUUACCAUCGAUUUCGAUCGAUGGUAUAUUUCUGGAAACGAGACUCCUUGGGCAAAAUGGAGUUCACGGCUAUCUGAAGGCGAAAUAGCUGAACUUCUGACUGAAACUGGACGGAAGAAAUGUAAAUGUGGGUAAUUUUUCAUUGUUCUCAGUCUUUUGAAUUAGGUCAUUUAGUGAUUGCAAAUUUGGGAACAUUAUACAUGUACGUUUCUGGGAUACUGCCUACCUCCCCCUCCCCCUCCCCCUCCCCCAAGCUAACAUUAACACUUCUCACUUAAGGAAAAAUGUUGGCUUAGGGGAGUGGUAGGUGAGCAGUUUCCCAGAAACCGAGUCUUCUCGUAUACAUUGCACUGUAACUGGGGCAAAGACUGCCUCUCGUUAAACCAGUAUCUUCGUUAUGAAGGGUGUCAUUAUAUCAGGGUCCUACUGUCGUGGCGAACACUAUUAUAUAGAUGUCUCACUCUCUCAAACAGAAAUGCUAAAGUUUCGUACAGUGGAACGCCGUUAAUGCGACCACCGAUCUGGGCCAUAAAAUCCUGGUCGUAAUAACGUGGUGGUCGCAUUAUUGGGGUCUUCAAAAUAAUAAAAUGACUCACUGAUGUUUACGUUUGGUUUGAAAGAACAUGGCCGUAAUAACGAGGUGGUCUUAUAAAUUGGAUGGUGGUAAGGCGGGGUUGCACUGUAAUUAUGAAAUUUAUGUAACCACUCGUCACCAUAUGGUUAUCUUCACAGUGGUCAAGGAGAGACAGUCACCAGCAUUCUGAUUGAUUUGAAUGGCUUCUGGACUUAUGAGAACAGAGAACUUCUUGUACAAGAUGUGAAUAAUGAAUAAUUUACCCACUUCGGAGCCUAUUAGCGACCUGGAAGUCAGAACUAUUGUCUGUGGAGGUUCCAAGGACAAUUGUCAAAUAGUCUGAAAAACUCUCACUUUCGAAACCUGGCCAAGUGCAAAACCUUUCCUGUGACAAUGAGUUUCAUUUCCAUGGCAAAUAAAAAAACGAUUUUCUUAUCAGUGGCUUUACACUUAGCCUCGCCUUGAAGCAGAGGCUUGGGGCAAGUCGGAAAUGGCCUACUCUACAUAUUAAUGAUCAAUGUCUCUUGUUCCCUUAUUUGUCUCGAUUUGUUCUCGCAAAAGGAAAAACAGACGCCUUCUGGCUGACCACAAAAGACUAAGGGCCUGUUUACGUGGAGGUGCGGGACCCUAGGU